AUGUCUAAUCAAACUGCAUUUGAUUUUAAUCAAGAAGAACCAUUGACCUCUUCAUCUACCCCAUUAACAAGUUGCACUAUUACUGUUCGUGUAAUAAAAUCUUUCCCAUAUAGGAAUGUCAAAAAUAUUAUUUUUCAUGAUUAUGAUUUAAUGACAAAAUCCCCACAAGAUUUAUUCGAGGAUUCAAUGAAAUAUAUUAAUAUCAAUGGUAGUUUUAGACCAUUUAGAAACGUCAAAUAUGAUACACUAAAAGUUUAUACACACGCACAUGGUUCCAAGACUGUUAACUUAGUUAUUAAUUUCGAACAUGAUGAUGAUCCAAAAUGGUUAUUAGACAUUAAUGAGUCGGAUAAAAAAUUAUCUGAUUAUUUCAUCGAAAAUGAAACUGAAAUAUCACUAUAUAAAUUAGAUGAUUAUAUAACCUACAAGGCAAACCCGGAAGAAAAAUGGUAG